AUGUGGCAUUGCACUUCCCUCUUCCUCGUCUUGACUCUGGCAGCUGCGUCAGCACAUGAUCUGGCUGCAACAGCGCUGUCAGCCAACGAGGAACUACUGCAGCAGCAAGCCAGGCUGCAGUCCCUGAAGAGCAGUGGCACCUCCGUGCAGAGGCAGCUGCUUGCAGAGGAAACCACACAGGAUGCACAGCUCCCCGCCAGAUCAGCAGGCGGGAGCGCCCAGCGCAGAGGGGCCCGGCUGAGGCUACAAAGGAGGCGCAAGGCCGCAAGGGAGGCAGCCAACGCUGUGAGCAGUGAGAGGAGAGCGGAGGACGCCCCCGGCUCACCGGAAAUAGAGUUGCACAGAGAGGCCGCGCCGCAGAAACUGAGACCAAGUAAUGGCGCGGACGAGGAAGCCCAGGAGCCUGGUGAACUCAACUUGUUGAGCGUUUCUGAUGGUGAAGCCACCGAAGAGGACCUGGCAAGAGCAGCUCUGCAAGGCAGCGAGCCCAGCCAGCCUGCUGCAGAUAAAAAUCCACGGGACACUGCCGGGAGCGGCGAGGCGCCGCCCACCGCAGCAGGCGAAACGCGCACCGACGUGCCUCCGCGCCCCCCGCUUGUGCUGGGCUUCGGGAGCGAUGCAGAUGCUCGCGACAGUGCCGAAGCAGCAACGUCGCCUCGGAAUUCCGGGGAACCGGCCGCAGAUGCCGCGCCGCGUGAUGCGGACGCCGUCAAAGCCGCCGAAGGGGUGCAUCGAGCGGCGGAGGAUCCCUCGACCCGAGGCGGCAAGCGUGAGGCAGCGGAGCCACUGCCGCACGACGGAGGCCUGCAGGAUCUCGGGGAGGGUGACAAGGAUCUCGGCUCGGAGGAGCAAACGUUCCUGCCGCUGGCGCCUCCAGAGGACGACCUCUAUGACUCAUCCAAAUCUGAGGUGCUGGCAGAAAGGAAGAGGGCAGCCGGCUCCUGGCAGCGGGGGUCUCAGCAGCCUCCCAGAAAGGCAGGCGAAAGCACGGGGAGCUCCGAGCAGAAGUCUGGGAUGCCCGAUGGUGCUGAUGCGGUGCUCGAGAGGAGCAAGCGCAGCUCUGAGCGCGAGCCUGCGCAGACGGGCGGUGAUCUGGGAAGGCCCCUUAUGCAGGGUGCAGAUGGCGCGAGGGCCAAGGACAGCGGGAGCUCGCGCGGGCGUGAGCAAGAGGGUGAACCCGCCCUGAACACAGACAGCAACAGGCCUGCCAGUUGGGCGGAUAGCGAAGCUAGAACUGACGCGGAAUUCUCCACGUUACAGGGCACCUUGCGCGAUGCGCUGAAGCAGCUCCAGAGCGACGGUGCUGAAGAUGGCGUUUGGGUGAUCUCACCAGACGAGGAACUGAGGGACGCGGCUGAGAAAGGGGACAGCAGGUCAACGCCGCCCAAGAGGGGCGAUGGGGAGAGGAAUGCUGAGGGCAGGCCCAGCGGCGGAAAGGAUGAUCCGGACAGCGGUGCAGAAAAGAGCAUCGCAAGCAAGGACCAGCCAGCCGGGAAGGCAGGCGCUAACAGCAGGCAGAACCAGAGCACGGAGGCCGAUGCGCCCAGGGAGCAGGGUCAGAAGACCGAGCCAGGGCAGGAUGACGGGCGGGCGGAGAAGCCGGCAUCAGAGCCGCAUGCCUUCUCGCGCAUGCUGGAUAACCUCCAGAUCACGAACAUUCUGGAUAUCCCCUGCGGCGAUGCACAGCAGGUGGCCAGCAAAGUCAACUCCUUCCCAACGUCUCGCCCCGAGGCCAUCAGGUACAUCGGGGUGGAUGACGCGAAGGAGGCGAUCAGCUCGGCAAAGAACAAGCAUGGCAACACGCCAAACUUCAGUUUCCAUCAGAAAGAUUAUGUGCACGUAGACCUGCCAAAGGCAGACCUGCUCGUCAGCAGGGCCGCCCUCUUGCGGAUGCCCUUGCUCAAACUGGUGGACAUGCUGGCGAACUUUGCGCGCUCCGGCACGGAAUACGCCUUGCUGGGCUCUUUCAAGGAGCCCGAGCUGGGGUCUUCCGGCGGCGGGGAUGGAACGUCGGAAGACGGCGCUGCCUUCUACCUGAGCCUACGUCAUGAGCCCUUCAACCUGUUCGAGCCGUUGCACAUGUUCCCCGAGCCGGAGGGGUUUGGCGCGGGUUCUGGGGAGGAGGCUGGCCCGGAGGAUGGCGACGCACCUGCCCGGCAGAUGCUGCUGUACUACGGGGAAUACCUGCGGCAGCAGAACUUUGAAGAAAUGCGCGAGCGGGCGGAGCUGCUCCUGUCGAAGAAAACCGAGGGCGCCGGUGCUGCAUCUGGGCAGGAGCAGGCUGGAGCAACGUGGGGCGGGAUCAGCUAG